CAUAGCAGUACUGCAUGCCUUGCUCCUUCCUUGGAGAGCUCUUUCCCCUCCUCUUGUCCCGAGCUUUCGCUAAUUAUAAGCAGCGAGCUUGAGCUUCGCUAGCUUCACCAAGCCAGGUUGGCCGCUCUUGGACACACAAAAAGAUGGCAUUUCUUGUGGAGAGGUGCAGUGGCGAGGCGGUAGUGGACAUGGAGAGCUCGCACACCAAGCCGGUGCCGGCCCCCUUCCUGACCAAGACAUACCAGCUCGUGGACGACCCCCGCACCGACAACAUUGUGUCGUGGGGGGAGGACGGCGCCACCUUCGUGGUGUGGCGACCGCCGGAGUUCUCCAGGGACCUCCUCCCGAACUACUUCAAGCACAACAACUUCUCCAGCUUCGUCAGGCAGCUCAACACAUAUGGUUUCAGGAAGAUAGUGGCUGACAGGUGGGAGUUUGCCAACGAGUUCUUCAAGAAGGGCGCCAAGCACCUCCUCUCGGAGAUCCACAGGAGGAAGUCUUCGUGCUCGCAGCCGCCGCCGCAGCCGCUCCCUCCGCACCAGACUUACCUCAGCCUCUUCCCCCAGCCGCCACCACCUCCGCCAGUCUACCACGUCCAGGAAGACCACAGCGGGGACUUCCUGGCGACGCUGUCGGAGGACAACCGGCAGCUCCGGCGGCGCAACUCGCUGCUGCUAUCGGAGCUGGAGCACAUGAGGAGGCUCUACAGCGACAUCAUCUACUUCCUGCAGAACCACGUGGAGCCGGUGCCGCCGCCGGCCAGCUCCAGCUGCAGGCUGGUGGAGCUCGGCUCUGCUGGCACCUCGCCGCCGCCGCAGCCGCGGAGGCAGCGCGGCGACGAAGAGGCACCGGUGAAGCUGUUCGGCGUGCGGCUGAACGAGGGCAAGAAGAGGAGGGCGCAGGCCGUGCAGCUGGAGGAGGAAGGCGACGGCGACCACGGCGACGGCGAUGGUGAUGACAAUGGAAGUGAGCUGAGGUGUAGGUGACUGUAGAACGUAGAUUAAUCUUGUAGAUAGUGAGGAGAGGUACGUAUGUCGCUGCAGGCUAGCUAGCUAGGCAUCCAUUUUAUGUGACUUAAUUAGAACCUU